AUGAGUCAACAUCCAGCCCCGGCAACAGCAGUGAAAUUGGUUUUGUUAGGAGAAGCUGCAGUAGGAAAAUCGUCGUUAGUAUUGCGAUUUGUGUCUAAUGAUUUUCAAGAAAACAAAGAGCCAACCAUAGGAGCUGCAUUUUUAACCCAAAAAUGCACCAUUGGUGAGCGUACUAUAAAGUAUGAAAUCUGGGAUACUGCUGGGCAAGAGCGUUUUGCUUCUUUAGCCCCGAUGUAUUAUAGAAAUGCCCAAGCCGCUGUUGUUGUUUACGAUAUUACUAAACCAGCCUCGUUUAUAAAAGCCAGACAUUGGGUUAAGGAAUUGCAUGAACAGGCAAAUAGAGAUAUAACGAUUGCUUUAGUUGGAAACAAGCUUGACUUGGUAGAGGAUGACAGUGCUGAGGAUGGUGAAACUUUACGAAAAGUGAGUAUCGAAGAGGGCCAAACUUUGGCCGAUGAAGAAGGAUUGCUAUUUUUCGAGACCAGUGCAAAAACUGGCAAUAAUGUCAAUGAAGUUUUUGUGGGAAUUGGAAGCAAAAUCCCGAGUGUGACAGUUGCUGGUAGCGAGGCUCAAGAGAGUUCAAAUGGUCGCAGAAUUGACUUGACUGCAAAUACUGAUGAUAGUAAUGCUACAAGAAGCACAUGCUGCUAA